AUGAUUUAAGCUAAUUUGGAUUUGGAAUCAUUUUAUUAACAACUACCUGAGAAUGAUGUGUUAAAGACAAUCGCAUACGAAGGAGAUUUAAAAAUUACGAACACAAGUAACAAACAAUUUAAAUAUCCAACUGUUUCCAAUCUUUGCUUACAUCCAAAAACAUGUUAUGAACUUGAAUUUAUACUUGGUGAAAUAGCAGAGAAAAGUUUUUGGAAAUGUGAAGAAUGCAGAAAAUCCUUUGUAAAAGAGGAUUUGUGUAAAGACUUUAGAUAUAAAGUUUAAAAUGAAUUUAAUGAAUUUGUUACCAAUAUCAUGAUUAUAGAAGGAAAAUUAUUUAAUAAAUCUUCUAGAAAGGCUAGAUAUUUAAAUCAUUUUACUAAUCCAUAAGUUAAGAUUCACAUGAGAGGAUUAUAUCAAAGGUAUGUAGCCACAGAAGGCUCGAUAAAUUAAAUAAUAAUUAAUGAGUUAAAAAAAAGUUAAAAGAUAAAAACAGGAACAAAUUAGCGAAUAUAAUAUUGGGCAUUUUGCUUAUAAGAUAAAGUUAAAAUUACUAUUCCAGUCAGAAUUAUAGGAUGUAAUCAUCCUGAAUGUUAUGAAUUAACAAGUCUUUUAUAAGUACAAUCUCAAAAGCAAGAAUAAUUUUAUGUUUGUUCAUAUCCAGGUUGUGAUAACCCAAGAAAGAAAAUUGAUAUUUCUACUAUUGAAAACUUAUUCUCAUCAAUCACAAUUGAUGAAGAUUUAUUGAAAAUUAUAAAGCAAAGUAGUCUGAGUUCUAUGAAAUUUGUCUUUAACUAUUAAACAUAAAAAUUUGAAGAGGAUGUUUAUAGAGAACAGGGACAGAUCAUUGAUCCAGUUAUUUAGAAGUAUUUUUUAAAAAAUAGCAAAGAAAUUAAGGUAGCAUUUGCAGAAUUUUAAAAAUAAGUGUUAUCCUUAGUAGCACAAGUAUGUUAAAAUGAUCUUUUUAAAGAUUAACCUAACUUAGAAAAAUUAUUAGCUCAACACAAGUUUCGCAAUUUAGAAAUUAAUAUGAAAGAUAAACAAACAGAUAUGAUAAUUGAGUAGCCUGUUAGAUGCAAAAAUUGCACCAAUUUUUCAACUUGUUUGGAUUUGAAAAGUUAUGCUUGUGAAUUCAUUAAAAGGAAAUUAAUCAAAUAAACUGAUUUAUUCAAAUGUCCUAUUUGUUAAACUCCUUUUCAAGGCAAUAUGGUUUAAUCUAUGUUAUAGAAUUACAUCUACUUGGAUUAAAAUUUAUUAUUCAGAAUGUUUAAAGAUUUGUCAUACGUAAAUACAACAAAAUUUUAAUAUUUGGGUCGACAAUAUAUGAUAUAAGAAUUCUAAGAGAGAUAAGUAUUAACAAAGACGGAGUAUAUUAAUGCAUUAACACCAAAAAAUCCAAGUUAAAAAGUAGAAUUCAAAUCAAUUUUCUGUUCCUUUAAUAAAAAUUAAAAAUUAGAUAUUCCAUUAGUUUUAUUUAACUGUCCAAUUUCAACAGUGAUUGAUUUUGAUACCUUCUAUCUUCAAUUAGAAAAAUGUAACUUUGACCUCUCUUCAGGGUUGAUUUUAUGUAAAUGCUAAACCUGUAAUACUACUCCGAUUAAAAGUCUAUCAGGCUCAAUAUUUUAUCACGAGGCCUUUGAUUAUGCACUUAAAAAGUACUAUUCAUCUAACAGCAAAUCAAUGUCGUUUUCUUAUGAUUUUUAAAAAGAUACUUUAACUAAUAGUGGAGCUUUAGCAGAUACUGCAGCAUUAAAAAAUGCUUAAGUUCCUAAGAAAAUGGGGUUCUUGGAUAUGCUGAAUGAAGAGGAAUACCAGAAGAUAUUUGGUGAAAAAAAAUUGGAAGGAAAAACUUUUUAGAUCCUAAGUAUCACAUAAACAGAUGUCUUUGAUGGAAUAGCUAUAACAUAUAAUAAGGAUGGGAUUGAUAGUAAUAUAGUAGAGAGAAAGGAAUAAAUGAACGCCAAUUUAAAGAAUGAUCAAACCUUAAAAUAAUACAAUUUUGUAAUUAAGGAAAUGAAACUAGAACUUAAUAAUAAUCCUAUUGUUCAAAAUUUAGAUCUUAAAGGAUGA